AUGGCAAUGACAAACAAAACACAAUGUUUUAUAUGUAAUAAGAAAAAAAUAACUUAUCCUUGUAAAGGAUGCUCAAAGGAAUUUUGUUUAAUGGAUUUAACAGAACAUCGUCAAAUACUAAAUAAUGAAUUACAUCAAAUUAUUAAUGAUUAUGAUGAAUUUAAAGAAAACAUUUAUGAACAAAAACCGAAUCCACAUGAUCUUUCCUUAUUAGAUCAAAUUUAUCAAUGGGAAAUAGAUUCAAUUGAAAAAAUUCAACACAAAGCACAAGAGUGCAGAGAAAUUGUUAUUAAAUUAUCUCCAAAAUUUAUUAAUGAUAUUGAAAAGAAAUUUAAAGAUUUAAAUGAACAAAUAAAACAAAUUCGUGAAGAAAAUGACUUUAAUGAAAUUAAUUUAGAGUAUUUAAGAAAUGAAUUAACAAAAAUUACAGUAGAAUUAAAUAAUUCAUCAAAAAUUUCUAUUGAACACGGCGCACAAUCAUUUAUUAAUGAUAUUUCAAUUAUUACAUCAAAAAAAUCAAAAUGGGACAAAUGGGAACAAAAUGCCAUCACUGUGGCUGCUGAAAAUGGAGUAGGACAACAAUUAAAUCAACUUAAUCAGCCUGUCGGAUUCUUUAUCGACAAAAACAAAACUAUCUUCAUUGCUGAUUAUAAUAAUCAUCGUAUUGUUGAAUGGAAAUGUAAUGCAAAACAAGGACAAAUCAUUGCAGGUGGAAAUGGACAAGGAAAUCGAAUGGAUCAAUUGUAUUAUCCAACAGAUGUGAUUGUUCACCAACAAACUCAUUCGAUCAUCAUUGCUGAUCAAGGGAACAGACGAGUGAUUCAAUGGUUCAAUCAAAAUCAGCAGAUACUCAUUAACAAUAUUGACUGUUCUCGUUUGGCAACGGAUAAACAUGGAUUUCUUUAUGUUUCUGAUCAUCAGAAGAAUGAAGUAAAACGAUGGAAAAUGGGUGAAUAUAACAAUGAAGGAAUUGUAGUAGCAGGUGGAAAUGGAAACGGGAAUAACCUCAAUCAACUCAAUUCUUCAGGUUUUAUUUUUAUUGAUGAAGAUCAGUCUGUUUAUGUAUCGGAUAGAGACAAUCAUCGUGUAAUGAAAUGGAGAAAAGAUGCAAAUGAAGGGAGAAUUGUAGCUGGAGGAAAUGGUAGAGGAGAAAGUCUCAAUCAAUUGUCUUAUCCUCGAGGAGUAAUAGUUGAUGAAUUGGAUCAAAUCUAUGUAGCAGAUAGUGGGAAUGAUCGAAUAAUGCGUUGGUGUGAAGGAAAAGAAGAAGGUGAAAUUGUUGUUGGUGGUACUAAAAAAGGAAAUCGAUCAAAUCAAUUGAAUACUCCCCUGGGUAUAUCUUUUGAUGAUGAAAGAAAUCUUUAUGUUGCUGAUUGUUUAAAUCAUCGAAUACAAAAAUUUGAAAUAAUUUUGUGA